AUGAAGGCCUUUUUCGGACUUGGCGCUCUCGCAGCCCUCUGUAACUCUGUUUAUGGCCUGACUAGUGGAACCUACACAAUCGAAUCCGUCAUCUCUCAGGGAAACUUGGCCCUGACUGCCCAUAGUAGCUCGCCCGGCAUCCCUCUCGACUUUACUGAAAAGCAUGGCGACAAGAGUCAGAUUUGGGACUUCCAUGCAAUCACCGAUGAUGCAGACAACAAAUACUUCACGGUCCGAAACCUACGUGGUGCCUACAUCGACUGUGGUACCGAGCAAGGCUCUUCCUGUGUCACCGGCCAACGCUCUCAGGCUUUCACCCCAGAGUUCGUGGGCGAUGGCAAAUAUGAGCUCGUUGCGGAAAACUCCGGGUAUUUCUUGCGUUCCAGUGAUGAUGGACAGUUGCUAUUAGAUGGAUAUGACGGAAGUGACUCUGAGCGCUUUUUCUUGAGACCGGCUCAAGGUCAGUGA